AUGACAGUUGAUGAAUCUGAGCUUCUCACUGUGCCAGAUGGAUGGAAAGAGCCAGCCUUCACAAGAGAAGAUAAUCCCAAAGGGCUGCUGGAAGAAAGCAGUUUUGCGACAUUAUUCCCAAAGUACAGAGAAGCGUACUUGAAAGAGUGCUGGCCGCUCGUCCAGAAAGCCUUGGGUGAACAUUAUGUGAAUGCAACGCUGGAUCUAAUUGAAGGAAGCAUGACUGUCACUACAACUAAGAAGACUUUUGAUCCGUAUGCAAUCAUCAGGGCUAGAGAUUUAAUAAAACUUCUGGCAAGAAGUGUUCCAUUUGAACAGGCAGUUCGUAUCCUUCAGGAUGAUGUUGCCUGCGACAUCAUUAAAAUAGGCUCUCUGGUGAGGAAGAGAGACACUUUUAUAAAAAGAAGAGGACGGCUUCUUGGGCCCAAAGGAUCUACUCUGAAGGCCCUGGAACUGUUAACAAACUGUUAUAUUAUGGUGCAAGGCAACACUGUUUCAGCUCUUGGACCUUUUAGUGGGCUAAAAGAGGUUAGAAAAGUUGUUCUGGACACAAUGAAGAAUAUACAUCCCAUAUAUAACAUUAAGACUUUGAUGAUCAAAAGGGAACUAUCAAAAGAUCCUGAAUUGAGGUCACAAAGUUGGGAAAGAUUUUUGCCUAAGUUCAAGCGGAAGAACUUGAAAAAACGCAAGGAGCCAAAGAAGAAAAAUACUAAGAAGGAGUACACGCCGUUCCCACCUCCGCAGCCAGAAAGCCAGAUUGAUAAAGAAUUGGCAAGUGGUGAAUACUUCUUGAAAGACAGGCAGAAGAAACGAAAGCGAGUGGAAGAAAUAAAGGCAAAGCAAGCAGAUGCAAUCAAGAAAAGACAAGAAGAAAGAAAUAAAGCUUUUAUCCCACCAAAGGAAAAGCCAGUUGUGAAAACAAAGAAAGCUUCUACUGAGAAAAAAAUUGAUAUUGAAGCCAUCAAGGAGAAGGUAAAGAAUGCAAAGAAGAAGAAAUUAGGAGCACUUCCUGUGGAAGAAGUCAAGUUAAAAAUGGCAGCAGAUGAAAAGAAAAAAAAGAAAAAGAAGUAAUUCACCAGUUGAGAUGCUCACUUUUUUCCUAUGUUAAUGGACAUUUUCACACUUGGAAGAUUGGAGACUUCUUGCUGUCAGUGUAAUAUGGACAAGAAAAGACUAGGUAGAAAGUUCAUUCUCUUUUCAUAAGUACACUUUAAUUAGUGGACCUGAAGCAGCUGUGCAAAAUUGCCAGGGUUGGUGAAGAAAAUCUGUGCUGCUGUGUUGUUUGAGAAGGUAAGAGAGUGUAUUUGGACAAUGUCCAUCUGCCUAAAGGGAAGGUUUCGUAAUAGAAACAUUUAGGAUUUUAAUGCAGGAUGUUAAACAUUAGGGUCAGAGAACUCAGUGGGAGUUCAAGGUAAUUUUUUUGUGAAAGACCACCAGACUAUAUGCAGCCUCAGUUACGGUGAUAACUUUUGCAAAACGGGCAAGACUUACUACUAUAUUAUGCUUUUGUUUCUGUAAAAGCUGGUAAUUUUUGCAUGUCUCGUUUUGGCGUUAAUAAACUAUUUUAAUACAUUGUUCUUAAAUCCUUUAGUUAGUUAUCUACUGCACAACUUACGUGUUGUUUUCCAGGAAACAAGCUCACACUUCAUGUGACAAUUAAAGAAACAAUAAUCUUAAUUGAAUGCCAUUAAUAAAUUGACAUUUAUUAGCAUUGUCCUAGAGCUUGUUAGGCAGAAUGUGGUUCAAACCAAGUGUCUUUCCACCUGGAAUGUGCUGCAGGGAAAGCAUAAAGUCUUGUUACCUUUCUUUAAAUAUAUUAUUAAUGUAUUUCUUGCUUGCAGGAAAGUCUAAGAAACUGUAUUCCUCUUUUUUUUUCUUUUUUGAGGCCCUUCCCCCUUUUUUAAAGGAAGUCUAGAGGUUUUUAGCGUCCUGCAAAUUGUGACGAAAUAAAGUUCACUGAAGAGCAGAUGUUGCUUAUUUUGUACAUCUGAGAUUAAAGGACCAAAUGUAAUGAUUAGGAGGUGGUAGAGCCACACCGAUUUCAUGAUUGUUUUGGAAUGGUUUUGCCAGGUUUUGGAGUUUUGAUCACCUGCAUGUGCGGUGGAAAUUAUUGUGGUAGAACACUGCGACUUGCUGCUUUUAGGUUAGUGACUUUUUAUUUGAAACUAGUAAGUGAAGACACAGCCACUUCCUUUUUUGCGUGUAUAAGAGUAUAGUAUAUAUGUGGUUAUAUAGCCAAGUACGUGUGCGUUGCAAAAUAGCUAAGAUGCUUGCCCUUCAGGGCAGGGGACAACACUAACCUUAGCGUGCCUUUCAGUUCCGUGAUCACUUCUUGGCACUUAAUUGUUAAGGAAAAAACACUCUCAAUCCUUUUCGGGACUGCAUUGUUCAUAAACAGCGGUUUAAUUACUUGUGAAAUCAAUCAGGAAAAUACUGCUUCAACAGAUACUUCACUGAGAAUAUGAUAGUAAGUCACAAACACCCAUCUCGGAAACUGCAGUGACCUGAUGGGUUUAGCGAUGCCAGCACUAUGAAAAGCUUUUUAGAAACACCAGCUGGUGUUCAGCAGUGUACAGGGGUGACCUGAGUUCCGUACCAGUCAGGUAGUUCAGACCUCUCAUAUAGUGAAAGGACUUACUUCAACAGGAGGCGCUGCAGUACAUGAGUUUAGAUGUCUGUUCUCACCGCGUGAUCCCACGGAUGAGCGCUUCAGUGGAAGCGUCAGCAGAGCUAGAAGCCAGUGAGGAGGAGCCUAUUUUUGGAAAGAGCAUGAGUGUGUUAGGGAUGGGAGAGUCCUUGAUUCUAGUCUCAACUGGAUGAGGUCCCUUCCACCGCAGAGGACUGGCACAGGUGUUCCCCUGUUUGUUGUUUAAAAAAUUAAAAACAAGUGCUGGGCUGGUUGCCCUGCCCUGGUCUUGCAGGCUGGCUUUUCACUUCAGGAACCUGAUCUAGCUGAAAGCACCCUAUGAAAAAGUGUUUUCCAGCUGCAUCAGUUAACUGCCUGGUAGCCUGAGUUGCAGUACGGGAAAACAUAGCUCAGCUUGGUGGCAGCUUGACCUUAAAUUAUAUAUACUUCCAUUGUGCUUUUUUAAUUUAGAACCCACAGCUGAGGCAUCUGUGUAGCUUUUGCAUCAAAUCCCUUUCCAUAGUAAAACUCUUAACAGACUUGAGGGAGUCUUGUCCUCCUGUUGUAAUGGAGUAAAAAGGCUUCGCGUUGUGUUUAAUCUUUUUCAGUUGUUACGGUUGACAGGUCUCAAGGAUUGUUGGUUGGACAUUUACUUACUUAAACUGGAAAAUCAAGAAAGCUUACUCGUAUUCCUGUAGGCAAGGUAAACCAAAGGAUUUGACUGCCUAGAGUCCAUAUCUGAAUGGUAACUGGCUGCGUGGGCGCUCACUGUUGGUGCUUUUUGCACCCGUUUUCUCAGAGAGCACGGCUAUACAGUUCUAACACUUGUGUAAAAAGUAAAGAACAGAAAACAAAGUGGAUUUGGAAGGGUGAAAAAGGUCUUUCGGUAUUUUCAGAACAGCUUGAACUAUUGCAGACUGUCUCCUUAAACUGAUUUUAGAGUUUACAGACUUGCAAGAAAGUACCCAAAGGCUGUAUUUAUAUUUCAGUGUUUUGCGUUUAUCAUAUGGAAUUCAUGGGCAUAUGCCAUAAGAUAAAUGUGGACAACUCA